AUGUUAGCUACUGUGGCUGGUGUAGGUGUCCUCCUACUAUCUAUGGUAUACAGCGCCGCUGGUAACUGUUUGGUAAGUGGUUGUGCUGGUGGCCUCUGUUGUUCAGCAUACGGUUAUUGUGGCAGUGGUUCUCAGUAUUGCGGUGCAGCAGCAGGUGCUGGUGCUGGAGCCGGAGCUGGAACUGGAGCAGCUGCUGGUGGUAAUUGCCGUACUUACGGGUGUCCAGCUGGACAGUGCUGUUCACAAUACGGCUAUUGUGGCACUACUGCAGAACACUGUGGUAGCGCAGUUGCUGGGGCUGGGGCUGGAGGCGGUUAUAAUGGCGCCGGUGCUGCCCAAGGUAGCUGCGGUGGAGCAGGCUGCCCAGCAGGAUCAUGUUGUUCUUCAUUUGGAUUUUGUGGAAAUACUGCUGCUCAUUGUGGAGGAGCAGCUGCUGGUGCGGGCGGAGGUGCAGGCGCCAGUUAUGGUAGCUGUGGUGCGACUGGUUGCGGUGGCGGUCUUUGCUGUUCAAAAUUUGGCUAUUGUGGUUCUUCCGCUGCUCAUUGUUCUCUCGCUAGAUUUCUGUCUCGAAAACAACCAGCUUCACUCGAUGGCGAAUUUCAAAGUCAAGCGCGAUACUACAACGAAACUAAAGCUAGUUAUGAAUACAGCACAUGUGGCAUAAGUCGUGCUCUGUCGUUAGACGAAGACAAUCAGAAAAUCUACACUGCCGCUCUUAAUGAAGCUCAGUUCGAUCCAUACACUAGAGAUGGUAUUCCAAGCACCAAUCCAGUUUGUGAAAAGAAAGCUCUUGUCACAGGACCUAAAGGCGAGAUCAUCGUUCGAUUCGUGGACCGUUGUUUCGGUUGUAAAGAAGGUGAAAUUGCUCUAACAUACGAUGGUUUCAUGGCCGUUGCAGGUGAAAUAGGUGCAGGUCACACUGAUGUUGCUUGGCAUUUCAUUUAA